ACAAGCCGUUAGUUCCCAUCAGUUCCCAUCUUACAAAAAUAUAGCGCAGUCCGCCGCGUAUACUCAGCAGUGAUCUGUUGUGUAAUAUAAGAGUUCGUGAUAACAGUUCGGCGAAAUAGUGUCCGGAAGGUCAAAAGGUAUUCGCGCGACGAGUAACAGUGAAUGCAUGCCGAUCAGCGCGAAUGCGUCUUUGUGAACGUAAACCAGAGACUAAUUCGAUAAAUGAGUUUGCAAGAUAGCCUGUUCUACGAAGAUGUCGAAGACGACGUGAUCACCUUCACGAGGAAUAAGACGCGCAAAAGACAAGCCUCUAAUAUAAUUUGCAAUGCAUAGGAUAAAUAAAAAAAAAACGCAUAUCAUCUUCGCUGAUAAUUCGCUGCAAAACGCUACGAGGCACGAUUUCUUCUCUCGCCGCAUUCCAGCGCUUUUACACCUAUCUGCAUAUGCUGUAUACGAGACGCGCUGCGCCAAUCUCUAAUUAAUCCCAGUGUUCACGAGCUUUACGCUUGUUCAAGGUGGCACGACGGCGCAGCAAACCGGUCCCUCACGAAUGCGCCGCGUUUUAAACAUAUUCAAGGAAACGAGCAGACACUUUCGCUAGCGAUCGCAAGACGUAAUAUAAUCGCUCUCGAAGAGUGAGAAAGAGGGAGAGAAAGGGCAAGUUUUCAAGCGCUCGUCUUUCCGCCCGUGAACAACUAUCGCCGAUACAUAAUACACCAGCUGGUGCAGGAGCGUUUCUCGGAUCUGCUGCACACAUUUUCGAUCGGCCAAGGCGCGGCAAGGCGUACCGUGAUAUGCUACAAGAGCGACUUGAGAAGUGAUUGGGAGCCGAAGCCGAAUGUUCCUGAGUCGAAGGUGAGUCCUGCGGUGAAACAAGCGGACGCGACUCGCAAAAUGGGUAUCGAAGGCCGACGUUCGUCCUCAGCGUCUCCGGAGCAUACGCAAGUCCAGCGACAAGCCAAGUCGAUACCAGCGGUCGAAAUCUACAGGCCACCAGCGGCUAGAAGAGCCAACAAUUGCUCGCAGAUGAGCGGGACACACGUGCAAAUACACUCGACCACGGAUUCUCCUUCGAUUAAAAAUACUCGUCAAAGACGGCCCGAUCGAGCGGUUUAUAUACCUAGACACCGAAGAAGUCUAGAAGCCGAAGAGAAGAGGCCGCGGAACUUGAAAUCUCCGUCUACAAAUUACGCCACAUUGAGCAAAGAUUCAAAUACGAAUAAUAAUUCCAAAGCACAAGAUGCAUGUUGCAUUCAACAAAGUAUAGGCGAUUCGAAUUUGGAUGACAAAAUCUCUGAAAGUCAUACUACGAAAAUCGAAGACAGUCGAUUGCCACAAGAAUUCUCGGAGAAUGUGAUUUCUGCGGAUUUCCAUCGUUGCGGCGAAACCGUCAGCCAGGAAACGCACGAGUGUGCCGAACAUACUCAAGAACUGUUGGAAGUAACGAAAAACGAUGUGCCAAUUUUAUCAGAACAAUUGGAAACCGUGGCGACUAGUAGUCUUAACGAAAGUAGUACUAAUCUCAAUCUAUUAGAGUCAUCCGAUAAAAUAGAAGUUGAUGAUCAGCAAUUAGAAACGACGCAGUCAACCGUAAUAGAAAACCAGCCAGUAAUGGAGCGUUUAUGUAGCAGCGAUACUACGGGCGAUCAAAACGAACAAUUAGUUAGGCGGAACAUGAUAUCGGAUGUUUUAAUCAUUUCCGACAACGUCGAGAAAAAAUCGAAACAUUCUGAGCAAGUAUCUGCGAUUCUGACAUCACCCGAGAAGAAAGUGAAGAAGAUCGAGAGACCGAAGAGCAAACCAGCCCCGCCACCUUCUCCGCCUUUGAAAAUAAAUAGAGACGAGUGCGAUUGGGACAGUUUGUUCGACGACAACGGCGAUUGUCUGGAUCCAACGUUAAUAGAAGAACUUACGUCGGCAGUGGGUGAGGUAAUGGUGGAACAACCAAAGAACGACUACAAGGCGUAUACUAAACAGGUUCAAGUGUCCAGCGACGAGUUCGCACACGUUGUGGAAAUCUACAAUUUUCCUUCCGAGUUUAAGACUAGCGAUUUAGCGGCUGUUUUCAGUCCUUUUAGAAACGGUGGUUUUGAACUCAAGUGGGUGGAUGACACGCAUUGUUUGGGAGUUUUCAGCAGUCCUCUCAUCGCCGCCGAAGUAUUAGCGUCCGAUCAUCCAUUCGUGAAAACGAGACCACUCAGCGAAGCUAGCGCUUUGAGCAAAACGAAGGCGAGAAAAAGCGCGGAAUUUUUGCAACCUUAUAGGAAUCGUCCCGAGACGUGCGCCGCCUUAGCUAGGAGAUUAGUCACGGGUGCGUUGGGCGUGAAGCUCGCCACAGCUAGACAAGAACGCGAACACGAGAAGAACGUAUUGCGCGAGGCAAAAGAAAAAAGACGAUUAGCGAACAAACAACGAGAAGAUGUCUGGGAAGGUAUAAUACCUGAGAAGUAGCAUUGCGUCCUGAUACGAGAAUUCAUAAUAAAUUAUAUUCAUAAAUCGUUUGUACCUCCUCGUAUUACACACUUUGUACAUGUCAUCGCGGUUGCGUAGUUGGUGUAGUUCACGUGGCUCGCAUAAUGUUAUCCUCGCAUCAGCACGAUCAAUGACGCUUAAAGAUGGAUACGCGCUGAAUGAAUGAAUGGCGAACUCGAGCUUUCAAGGACGAAAGUUUGGUAGACGCGUGUCGAGUUACAAUCCGUCACAAUCCGUCGCUCGUUUAUGUGUUUGCUCAGCGUGUACUCAUCUUGAGACUGCAGACGCUCUCAUAAAGCGUCUGCAUAUACAGUUGUGCCUUACUUAUUUAUUCUUUUAUUUAUCCGUAUAGUAAGAAAUAGACAAUUUAUCAAACACAAAUAAACAUAUAUAUGUACAUUUGCUAAUUCACCAAUACGUCGAUUUUGAUCCACGAUGAUUUAUAACAGUUCAACAUACAACAGCAUCAAGUUCAAUAUACAGAUAUUGCGACGGUUAAAUAUCUGAUCACUCAUAAUAUCGAAUAAUUAUCUUUUACAUACCGGUAAGACGAUAAUAUUUUACGGAUAAUGUUUUAUAAAUGUAUCACCAUAAAGAGGAACACUUAAAGUGAAGAAAAUAUCAGUAAGGCACCUUUCGAUAUGAGAGUGCAAUUUUCUUAACUGAUGUGAAAACAAUGUCAAUGCAUUAAUAAUUCACAUUUGUAACAGUUUAAAAAACUGAGAACUGAAAUAUUUUGUAACAUUAUUAUCUCAAUGGCUGUCACAAUGUUAUGAGUUUAUACGCGACAAAGGAGUGAUGAUGUGUAAUGCAGUUUAAUUACGAGACAAUAAGUUAAGAUGCAAUUAAGGAGUAAUACGACCCUUUCACGUAUACAUCGAUUCGUCAGCGAUAUAUCAAAAUACAUCUUUACGAGAUCUUAUAUAGUCCGAAAACAAAACUUGAUAUAUAUUUAAAAUAUGGUGGCAUUACAAGUGUACUACUACGAUAUAUAAAACGUUUAUAAUUUUAAUUCAUGCCACUUAUAUAUCUGUUAUAACAAUGUUACAAAUCAACGCACAAUCACAUUAUCUAUUCAUAUUGCAUUGAAUGUUGCCGAGUAACACGAGAAAGAAAGAGAGAAAACAGAUUGUAUUUUUUAUAUAUGAUUGUUAUCAAUAAGACAAAGAUGUGUGUAUCGCUUACCCCUAGUCAAUGUACGCGAAAGAUAUGUUAUUUACAUGUGUUGAUAUGUGAUGAGUUGACUGACGAAUAUUUGAGAAGGAAAUAAAAAAUAUUUUAUAUAGCACAA